CGCGGUGAGCUUUAUCAGCCAAUCGAAAACGGUUUGUGAACGAAAGAGGAACCGAAUCGUUCUGUAGUUCCAGCACUAGUGAACAGAUGAACAUACGCGGAUGCAGAUGAACACUUGAAGGUCGCAUCGUUGAACAACAGUGGUACCAAUUAAUCAAGUGAUAAGGUCUAGCAAAAAAUAGCCGAGGCCACCGAGAAGAUUCGUCCGGCGACUAAGCGGCUAUCUCGCGCGGUUCGCGCGAAGGUGAAAGUUUCAUCAACAAAGUUUAUUACUUUCAAAGUGCCGCCCACUGCUCGCAAGAAAGUAUAAAAGGCGUACGACGAGCGCGAAUCCUUUCUACAGUGGCAACAACCAGAGCGUAGAACAGAAGCCCUCCAGGGGCCGUGUGUUUCCUUAUUGAAUCACCAAAGAGGUUAAGUGUCUCCAUACACAGCUAUACCUAUAGCGGGAAAAUAAAAUUCGAGUCGUGCGCGCCGUGACACGAUUUACCACCGAAACUGGGAAGCAUAAGCAGGGGGUGUGAGUGUGUUGUACUACAUCGCGUCCGAGGAGCACUUGACUUUAUUCGCAGGACUUGAGUAGUACUCCGAUCGGCAAGUGGCUAACAACAUACACUUGAACUAGAAAGUUAAACCUCAGAGAGUGUACGGAACUGUUGUUGUUGUGUGCUAAAUUCGCCGCAAGCUAGGCUCGGAUUGUAAAACCAAUUAUCCCAACAGUGGGUGCCGUUACGAAAUGCAAGCCGUGGGACUGCUGCUAGCGCUGGUCCUGGCACUGUGCUGUUUUGGAACAGUCCGCUGCUGGCCCGUCAAUCCCGAGGUAGUGGACAGUUUGAUUUUCAGCAACCCGGAAGUGGCGGCACAAUCAAUGCGGGAAAUUCCCCAGUGGCACUGCUUGCGAUAUUUCAAGCAUGAUAUUCACCUGAUGAGACGCUGUCGUAAUUAUCGCCUGCACAUGCUGCGCCGGCCGAACGACAUGAUCUGAUUUGGAGCUGCCGAUGAAAGCUGGCGGCGGCAACAACCAGGUGUCCCACCAUCGAAUAACGAGAGCCUGGGGGUACUUUCAGAUUUCUAUUAUGGUUCGACGAUAGGACUAAAGCCCUAAAUAAUUAUGAAGCAGUGUCAAUGUACUUCCUACCGAUGCAUUCAUCGAACCCAAGCAGAAGCAAGUGUGAUUAUAAACCAAACAUAGUCAGUGACCAAGAGGUUGAUGGAUCAUAAAAUAAUACAACCAUAUGUUUUAGCCUAUAUUCAACAGUAGACGUUAUUUCUAUCAUCAGGAAGAGAGGAAAGAUUAGAAAAGUUGGAAGAAAACUUGGUUGAGUUUAAUGUAAAAAAAAAGAGUUUUUAAGCUGGCAUUCCAAUUUACCUAUCCAACUUAACUUGCACGUCAGGCACAACCAAAGAUCAGACUAUCACACAAUAUAUUAUGCCUUUAUAUGUAUCAAAAAUAGGCGAAACCACGAUUAUGCUUAAAAGCUGUGACUGUUUUUAUUUUAAAUUAUGAACAACUAUUGCUUGCGUAGUUACUGUAAAAAAAUAAAA